GCGCCCUUCGGAUAUGCAAUAGCCCGCCCCAGCUAAAUUGCUGCCUAGUUUGCUCGGACAAACGAGCACUGGCUGAGCGUAACCGCGCACCGUCCGAGGCAUCUCCGCGGCCGGCGGUGCGCCUGGAGCUUCCGGCAGCUGAGGUGACGCGGUGUCGCGCCACGCAGCUCGGUCUGGCACCGGCCCGACGCCUGCUCGACGAAAUGCCUGGCGGGUCCAAGAACAAGAGAGCGGCCACAACCGACGGGGAGGACCGCCUCGGCGCCCUCCCGGACGAGAUCCUCCAGCACGUGCUGUCGUUCCUGCCCUCGUGCCAGACCGUGCGGACCUGCGUGCUCGCCCAGCGCUGGCGCGACCAAUGGAAGUCCGUGCCCGCCCUGCGCCUCCAUCAAGACCACUUCGCGACCGACCAGCACCUAUCAGAGUUCGCCAACCAGCUUCUGCUCUUCCGUGGCCACGCUCCUAUACAUGGGUGUGACAUCGUUUGCACCGAAGGUGACAUCUGGCGGUGGAUCCGGUACGCUCUAUCAUGCCAAGCUCGCGUGCUUCGAGUUGAUCUCCUUGAUGUAAUCGAGCCCUGGCAGCUGUCCGAUAGGCGUUUCAUCUCCCAGCAAUUGGUUAGGCUAGAGCUUGUCGCGGUGGAGCUGAGGCCAGGCUCCCUUGAUUUCUCGAGCUGUCCCAAGUUGGAGGUGGUAAAUAUCAACGAUUGCAUAGUCAACGCGAAGAAGAUCGUGUCCCGAUCAUUAACACAUUUGAGCAUCACUGGCUGCACUUUCGAUAUAAAGUCCCGCACUCGGAUUUCUGCCCCGGGUCUGAUUUCGUUGGAACUUGAUGACUUUCUUGGCUGGACUCCUGUGCUUGAGCGUGUGCCGUCGUUGGUGACAGCAUUUGUCAGGCUUGGUGAAUUCUGCGACGAUCAUUGCUUUUUAAGUUAUUAUGGGAAUUGCGGUGGCUUUUCUGGUCGAUGCAAGUGUGACGAAUCAGUUCACAGCGAUCACCCUGUGCUCGUUGCUGCUUUGUCACAGGCCACAGAUUUAAAGUUGGUAUCUCGUCCUCAAGUGUUCAUUUUCAGAAAGGAUUUGAAGAGAAGACCAUCCUUUACCAAGCUAAAAACAUUGUUGCUCAAUGAAUGGUGUGUGGCUGCUAACUUCGCUGCACUGGUUUACUUUCUCCAACACUCACCAAUUCUGGAAAAGCUUACUAUUGAAUUGGACAAGACACCAGAAUCUGUGUUUGAAACAGAUGGAGACUGCAACCCUGGCCAACAACCCAUAGCAUCUAAACGCCUUCAGGUGGUUCAAGUAAAAUAUCACAAGGACAGGGUGCUUGCGGUCCACAAAAUUUUGAAGAUUCUGAUUACUGGUGGUGUACCUUCUGAGAAAGUUGUCAUUGAGCGAAUGAUCUCGUGGACUUCUGGAAGUUUCAGUUUCCAGCGGAGGGCAGAGUAGUUCAGCUGUUGAUGGGUCUAAGGUCUCUUGAAUCUUUAGACUUCAUCGCUGAAUAUAUUGGCAUGAGCUUGCUGCAGAUUGUCUACCAGAGUGGCUCCAUUCGUAAUAACCAGUGCGGAAUUCUUCUAUUGGUACUAUGUAUGACUUGUUCUGUCGAGAAUUAAUAUGUUUGAUUUUGCAUGAUCGCAGCAAUAUGGAGUUUGUCUAAAACCUAGCCUAGUCCAGUUACAAUUGUGCCUUUUAGCGUAAGUACCUGGGUAUCAAGUCUGAACUGACCUGCUUUAGGCCUAUGAAUGUUACAUUUAAGUGUUCCAGGAAUCUAUCUGGCAUAACAAAUCUGUAAUUGCAUGUGAUUCCUAAGUUCUGAUACAUAUAUUGAUAUUCAAAUC